CAGGAAGCAGCAUCUGAGAGGGGCAGGACCAGGCACAGGAGGCCAGGGGGCACAGAGAACAAACUCCCCUCAGAGCAGAGAAGAGGAGAGCGGAAGGAACCGAGGGAGGAACAGACGGGAGCCUGAGGAGGAAAGAGGAGGGGGAGAGGGGUCAAGCCAGGCAGCCAAGGAGGAGGCGUGUGGCUGGGGGCUGCCGGCAGGAAGCCGGGAACAGGACUGGUCCGGCUUGCGCCAUCCCGUGGAGCAUCGGCAUCCCCCGGGGCCAACAGAGGCGCCAGUGGUCAGGCAAGGAUGUGCCUCUGAGGCCACUGCGGAGUGCCCCACCAUGGCCCCCAGCACCCUCUGGAGCUGCUACCUCUGCUGCCUGCUGACUGCAGCUGCGGGGGCUGCUAGCUACCCUCCUAGAGGAUACAGCCUCUACACGGGGGGCGGCGGGGCCCUCAGCCCCGGAGGGCCCCAGGCCCAGAGCGCCCCCCGGCCCGCCAGCCGCCACAGGAACUGGUGUGCCUACGUGGUGACUCGGACAGUGAGCUGUGUCCUUGAGGAUGGAGUGGAGACCUUCGUCAAGCCGGACUACCAGCCCUGUGGCUGGGGCCAGCCUCAAUGUCCCCGAAGUAUCAUGUACCGCAGCUUCCUCCGCCCUCGCUACCGUGUGGCCUACAAGACAGUGACAGAUAUGGAGUGGAGGUGCUGUCAGGGUUACAAGGGAGAUGACUGUGGUGAGGGUCCUGCCUCAGCGCUGGGCCCUGCACCUUCUACCCCCCACCCCCCACCCCAGCCUGCCCGCCCCAACCUCUCUGGCUCCAGUGCAGGCAGCCACCUCAGUGGACUAGGCGGAGAAGGUCCUGGGGAAUCUGAAAAGGUGCAGCAACUGGAGGAGCAGGUGCAGAGCCUGACAAAGGAUCUGCAAGGCCUUCGGGGUGUCCUGCAGGGACUGAGUGGGAACCUGGCAGAUGUGCAGAGGGCUGUGGAGACAGCAUUUAAUGGGAGGCAGCAGCCAGCAGAUGCGGCUGCCCAGCCUGGCGUGCAUGAAACCCUCAACGAGAUCCAGCACCAACUGCAGCUUCUGGACAAUCGUGUGUCCACCCACGACCAGGAGCUGGGCCACCUCAACAACCAUCAGGGUGGCAGCAGGGGCAGCAGCGGUGGCAGUGGCAGGGCCCCAUCCCCGGCCCCAGCUUCUCCUGGCCACAGUGAGGAGCUGCUGCGACAGCUGGAGCAGCGACUGCAGGAGUCCUGCUCUAUGUGCCUGGUGGGGCUGGAUGGCUUCCGCCAGCAGCAGCAGGAGGACAGGGGGCGGCUGCGAGCGCUGGAGAAGCUUUUGGCCUCUGUGGAGGAACGGCAGCGGCAGCUCGCAGGGCAAGCCAUGGGCCGCAGGCUCCCUCAGGAAUGCUGCCCUCCGGAGCUGGGCCGGCGAUUGGCAGAGCUAGAACGGAGGCUGGAUGUAGUGGCCGGCUCGGUGACAGUGCUGAGUGGGCGGCGAGGCACCGAGCUGGGAGGAGCUGCCGGGCAGGGAGGUCACCCCCCAGGCUACACCAGCCUGGCCUCCCGCCUCUCUCGCCUGGAGGAUCGCUUCAACUCCACCCUGGGGCCCUCGGAGGAGCAGGAGGAGGGCUGGCCUGGGGCUUCCCGGGGACUGGCCCACUGGCUGCCUGCUGCCCCGGGCAGGCUAGAGAAGCUGGAGGGACUGCUGGCCAAUGCGAGCAGGGAGCUGGGUGGGCGGCUGGAUCUGCUAGAAGAGCAGGUGGCAGGGGCUGUGCAGGCAUGUGGGCAGCUCUGCUCUGGGGUCCCUGGGGAGCAGGACUCUCAGGUCAGUGAGAUCCUCAGUGCCUUGGAGCGCAGGGUGCUGGACAGUGAGGGACAGCUGCGGCUGGUGGGUUCAGGUUUGCACAAGGUGGGAGCAGCUGGGGAGGCCCAGCAGGCCAUGCUGGAGGGACUGCAAGGGGUCGUAGGCCGGCUCCAGGACCGCAUGGAUGCACAAGACGAAGCAGCUGCAGAGUUCGUGCUGCGGCUCAAUCUUACAGCAGCACGGCUGGGCCAACUGGAGGGUCUGCUGCAGGCCCGUGGGGAUGAGGGCUGUGGGGCCUGUGGAGGUGUCCAAGAGGAACUGGGUCGCCUUCGGGAUGGUGUAGAACGCUGCUCCUGCCCCUUGUUACCUCCACGGGGCCCUGGGGCUGGGCCAGGUGUUGGGGGACCAAGCCGGGGGCCCCUGGAUGGCUUCAGUGUGUUCGGGGGCAGCUCAGGCUCAUCCCUACAGGCUCUGCAAGGAGAGCUCUCUGAGGUUAUUCUUACCUUCAGCUCCCUCAAUGACUCACUGCACGAACUGCAGACCACCGUGGAGGGCCAGGGCGCUGAUCUGGCUGAUCUGGGGGCCACCAAGGACAGCAUCAUUUCUGAGAUUAACAGGCUGCAGCAGGAGGCCACAGAGCAUGCUACGGAGAGUGAAGAGCGCUUCCGGGGCCUGGAGGAGGGACAGGCACAGGCUGGCCAAUGCCCCAGCCUGGAGGGGCGACUUGGCCGUCUGGAGGGAGUCUGUGAGCGCCUGGACACUGUGGCUGGGGGACUGCAGGGCCUGCGCGAGGGCCUUUCCAGACACGUGGCUGGGCUCUGGGCCGGGCUACGGGAAACCAACAGCAGCAGUCAGAUGCAGUCAGCCCUCCUGGAGAAGCUGCUGGGGGCGCAGGCGGGCCUGGGCAGACGGCUCGGUGCCCUUAACAGCUCCCUACUGCUCCUGGAGGACCGUCUACACCAGCUCAGCCUGAAGGACCUCACUGGGCCUGCGGGUGAGGCUGGACCCCCAGGGCCUCCUGGGAUGCAGGGGCCCCCAGGGCCUGCUGGACCUCCAGGACCUCCAGGCAAGGAUGGACAAAAGGGACCCAUCGGGCUGCCAGGUCCCCAAGGUGAACAGGGAGUGGAGGGGGCACCAGCAGUCUCUGUGCCCCGGGUGGCAUUUUCAGCUGCGCUGAGUUUGCCCCGGUCUGAACCAGGCACAGUCCCCUUCGACAGAGUCCUGCUCAAUGAUGGAGGCUACUAUGAUCCCGAGACAGGCGUGUUCACGGCGCCACUGGCCGGACGCUACUUGCUGAGCGCGGUGCUGACUGGGCACCGGCACGAGAAAGUGGAGGCCGUACUGUCCCGCUCCAAUCUGGGCGUGGCCCGCAUAGACUCCGGCGGCUACGAGCCCGAGGGCCUGGAGAAUAAGCCGGUGGCCGAGAGCCAGCCCAGCCCGGGUGCGCUGGGCGUCUUCAGCCUCAUCCUGCCGCUGCAGGCCGGGGACACGGUCUGCAUCGACCUGGUCAUGGGGCAGCUGGCGCACUCGGAGGAGCCGCUCACCAUCUUCAGCGGCGCCCUGCUGUACGGGGACCAGGAGCUCGAGCAGGCGUAGACAGGGGACCGGCUCGACCCGCCCGAAGUGCCUGCGCCGGCCCAAGAGCCAGCGAGGGCGGCGGGCUUCCCAGGGUCUCGGCCUGGGACGGGGCACCCAGCCCCUGGCGAGCGGCCGCACCCGCACCCGCCGCGGUACUGGCGCCCAGAGCACGCCGGUUCGGGGACUCCGGGGUCCCCUAGUCCAGACUCGUGGCCUGACCACUGUUCCCUCCAGGACCUGGACUGCGGAGGGGCCGAUCCUCGCACCCUUUGCUCCCUCAACCGGCCCUCUAGGCCGAUUCCCUGGGCUCCAGGGCUCUCUUGAGCAGGCUCUGGCCCCACCGCCACACUAAACUGUUCAGGAAUAAAGACACUUGGUUUUUUCUAAAAAAAAA